CUUUGGGGCUGCGGAGAGAAUUCGUGGUUUUUUGUUGUUUUUUUUUUUAUUUAUUACUUCACCGUCGUCAUCGUCUUUUUUUUUUUUUUUUUUCUAAUUUCCCCAGUCUUCCUCUUUUUCCCGUUUUGGAUCUUAACCCUUUGAUCUGUCUCCUUUAAAAGACUCCGAUUCCGAGCUCGCAUCGCGGAGAAAGCCGGGAUAAAGCCCGGAGGCAGCCCAGCCGCUCUGCUGUAGUCAGCUGGGGGGGUGAGGGGGGGACGACAGAAGUCCCUUUAAAAUAUUGAAUGUCGGCGGCGAACCCAAGGAACGAAAAAUCAAACCCGGAGCGCUGAAUUUCGGAUCUUUAUAUGGAACACGGAGCCCGGCGCUGGAUUUUGUAUGGAUUUCUUUCAACCUUCGGGCGACGCGACCCCGGUGCCCGUCUGUAGACCCAACUGAGACGUUUGGUGGGGAGAGCCGCCAGCAAGCGCCGGCAGCGAUGGCCGAGAACUGGAAGAACUGUUUCGAGGAGGAGCUCAUCUGCCCCAUCUGCCUGCACGUCUUCGUGGAGCCCGUCCAGCUCCCCUGCAAGCACAACUUCUGCCGGGGCUGCAUCGGUGAGGCGUGGGCCAAGGAGACGGGCUUGGUGCGCUGUCCGGAGUGCAACCAGGCGUACAACCAGAAACCCAACCUGGAGAAGAACCUGAAGCUCACCAACAUCGUGGAGAAGUUCAACUCUCUCAACCUGGAGAAGCCUCCCUCUGUCUUGCACUGCGUCUUCUGCCGCCGGGGCCCGCCGCUGCCCGCCCAGAAGAUCUGCUUGAGGUGCGAGGCCCCGUGCUGCCAGUCCCACGUCCAGACCCACCUGCAGCAGCCCUCCACGGCCCGUGGGCACCUCCUGGUGGAGGCGGACGAUGUGCGGGCCUGGAGCUGCCCCCAGCACAACGCCUACCGCCUGUACCACUGUGAGGCCGAGCAGGUGGCCGUCUGCCAGUUCUGCUGCUACUACAGCGGGGCCCACCAGGGACACUCGGUCUGUGAUGUGGAGAUCCGGCGCAAUGAGAUCAGGAAGAUGCUGAUGAAGCAGCAGGACCGGCUGGAGGAGCGGGAGCAGGACAUUGAGGAGCAGCUCUACAAGCUGGAGUCUGACAAACGGCUGGUGGAGGAGAAGGUGAGCCAGCUGAAGGAUGAGGUGCGCCUGCAGUAUGAGAAGAUGCACCAGAUCUUGGACGAAGACUUGCGGAAGACCAUGGAGAUCCUGGACAAGGCCCAGGCCAAGUUCUGCAAUGAGAACGCAGCCCAGGUCCUGCAUCUUAAUGAGCGCAUGCAGGAGGCCAAGAAGCUCCUCAGCUCUGUCCAGGUCAUGUUUGACAAAACCGAGGAUAUCAAUUUCAUGAAGAACACCAAGUCCGUGAAAAUCCUAAUGGACAGGACCCAGAACUGUACUGGUGGUAGCCUGCCUCCGCCCAAAAUUGGCCACCUCAACUCUAAGCUCUUCUUGAAUGAGAUCGCCAAGAAGGAGAAGCAGCUCAGGAAGCUGCUGGAAGGUCCCCUGAGCACCCCCGUCCCCUUCCUGCAGAGCAUCCCCAUGUAUCCAUGCACCGUCAGCAACUCCGGCGCGGAGAAGCGCAAGCACUCCACUGCCUUCCCCGAGGGCAGCUUCCUCGAGCCAUCGUCCGGGACUGUGGCCAGCCAGUACAUGAGCCAGGGCGCGUCGGCCGGCGAGGGGCAGUCCGCACAAGCCAUGGUGCCUUGUAGCUCCACGCAGCACAUUGUAGGACUUCCCAGCGGCCCGCAGCCGGUGCACUCGGGCUCCGUCUUCAACCCAUCUCACUACCCCAACACCACGUCAUCUCAGCAGUCCGUGCUCUCGCAGUACGGCGGGCGCAAAAUCCUCGUCUGCUCGGUGGACAACUGUUACUGUUCCUCAGUGUCCAACCACAGCGGGCAUCAGCCCUACCCACGCUCGGGGCACUUCCCCUGGACAGUCUCCUCGCAGGAGUACUCCCACCCGCUGCCGCCCGCGCCCGCCGUGCCCCAGUCGCUGCCGGGACUUGCCGUGCGGGAUUGGAUUGAUGCGUCCCAGCAGCACGGCCGGCAGGAUUUCUAUAGGGUGUAUGGCCAGCCUUCGGCCAAACACUACGUCACCAGUUAACCCGGCAGACAACGCGUUGGAGAGAGGAGUUGUGCUUCGUUUGGGCUUUUUGUUGGUUUUCUUUUCUUUCGAAUCAAACCCAGCAUCCUUCUGCCUCGCGCCCCUCCAGGAUUUUGGGGAGGGUUUGUCUCUCAUCUCCUUUAUAUUUUCAUUUUUAAAAGAAAUAAUAAUGCUUAUUUCCUUUCAAUUCUUUUUAAUUUAAUUUCGGAAUGUCCCUCCUGCCCCUUGCCAGAAAAGAUGAGGGGGGAAUUACGGAGAAGCAGUGGAUGGGGAUCUCCAAUGGGCACGUUGCCCUCGCUUGCUGCCGACACCUCCGAAGGGACAAUGGCACCUUCUCUGCUCCCACUCCUUUCAGUUAUCCUUUUGGUUUGGUUCAGUUUCCCCCUUUCCCGACCUUUCUUUUUCCCUUUUUAAAAUGAAAGAAAAAAAAAAUCUAUCAUUGAUUCAGUAUGAAAUGAUACGUGUAGAUUUUGGGUUUGUUACUUUUAUUUUUUUUUUAGAGGCUGAUUUUUUUUGCGUUAAAGGCCACCACCUCUCACACGUCUCGGCGUUGGUUGGUUUUGGUUUGAUUUGUGUUUUUUUUUCCCCUCUCCUUCUUUCAGAGAUUUGUAAAUACACAAUGGCAGGAAAUUUAAUGCACAAA